ACCAAUCAAUAAUGAUAGCUGUCGGAAAAGACAUCAAUCCUAACUUUACAUCCAGAUAUGGUAUCACCGAUACUAGUAAUCUUAACAUUUUAAACUUUACCGAUGCUGAUCAAGGACUAUACAUGUGUCAGGGAGUGGUUGAUAAGGAAUUCCAACAACAUACAGUUGUAGUAAAUUUGUGUAACAUACCGGAGAUGAUCAGCUACGUUUCGUACGAACAAAACGAAAUUUCUAGUCUAGCGAAAAGAAAACUUCUCUGCAUAAACGACAAAAAUACGCAAUACAAUCACCAACUUAGCCACAGAGCAAUCAUUAGUAUUCUGAAACUUCCUACGUCUAAACAAAAUAUUGAUGAUAGAAAUAUAAACAAUGUCAAAGGGAGGUUAAUGGAGUAUAAAUGUAUGACAUUGAACGCAGACAAUUGUGUGAUUAGCAACAAUACGUUACAGUUAACUGUAGAAUGGAUAUCAAGUAAUAAAACAACAAAAGAGACUGCAGCAAACGACACGCAACUUUAUGAAUACACUUGUAAAUGUAAUAGCUCAAAUACAGAGGACCAUUUACCUUGUAAUGAAACAAUCCAAAUGUACUAUUCACAUAAGGCUGUGUACUUGGGAGAUCCUGAAAAGUAUGCCAGAGAUUCUUUUGAAUGUGUAUUGGUUGAAAGCGAUGUGUUCGAGAAAACCACAACAUCUUCUGACAUUAAACCGAAGAGAUUUAGUCAAGUAUAUACACUUAUUGGCGUUUCCGUUGUUUGUGGAAUGAUUCUAGUCGGUGUACUUAUCUGGGGCAUCAGAAGAGCUUUGUAUAAAGUCAAAUAUAACGCUGAUAACAUUGCCAGACUGGACGAAUCACACAACUGUCCAGCGGAGGGAUAUUCGUCUAUUGACAGAAGACGUAGAAUUGAAGUUGGGCAGAUGGUUUCGUAUAAAGCCAGUCGAGUCUCAAAAUCAAGUAUAGCAAAUGAAAGUGGGCAUGGACUAGUUUAUGUACCAGAAGAAAGCUCAAAUUGUAGAAGAGGUCCACAACCAGAAGAAACAAAUGGAGACGACAAUUUGCCAGUACCAUAUUUGAAAAACAUAACUUCUGGACAAAAAUUGGGUAUAUUUUGCUGUUAUGAUUAAUACUUUCUGAAUAUAGAAUGUCAGUUAACUAAUUACACAUGUAUUCAAUCUUUCUGAAUUGUAACAUCUAAAUAAAAAAAAAAUUAUGAAAGCACACAA